AAAAUGAUUUUUGAGUAAUUUAAAUAAAUUCGUCUUAAAGAUAUACCAACAAUAUUAUGUGCUAUUAAAUUGAAAAUUGUAAUAACAAUCGUCAAUUACAACGUUACACACAUACAUUCCGCAAAUUGUAAGAUAGUAGAUUUUCUGAAAAAUACCCGCCAUUUUAAUAAUUUGACGUCACGGUCACGUGACUGUUUGUUAUUUAGCCAAUCAGAAAUCAGUAUCACAUAACCACAACCACGAUUUUGAGAAAUGGCUGACGACAAGGAAGUCGAAAAAACGAUUGCCGAAGACUUGGUUGUGACCAAGUACAAGCUUGCAGGACAGAUUGCCAAUCGUGUUCUAGAGCAAGCGAUCGCAAAAUGCGUCCCAGGCGCGUCUGCACGAGAGAUUUGCGAAUUUGGCGACAAGCAAAUCCUCGAAGAGACUUCAAAGGUCUUCAAGAAGGAGAAGGACUCGAAAAAAGGCAUUGCCUUUUCGACGUGUGUGUCCGUGAACAACUGUAUAUGUCACUUCUCGCCCAUUCCUAGUGAAAGUGACUAUAUCUUGAAGGCUGGCGACUUAGCCAAAAUUGACCUGGGAGCUCACAUAGAUGGUUUCAUUGCGGUAGUUGCGCACACAGUCUGCGUCGGCGGUGGAGAUGUAACGGGUCGUGCAGCUGACGUGCUUCUUGCUGCUCAUCAUGCCAGUGAAGCUGCUUUGAGGUUGCUCAGACCCGGCAACGAGAAUUACCAAAUCACAGAUGUGAUUCAAAAGAUAAGUGCAGAGUAUGGCUGCAAGCCUAUUGAAGGCAUGCUCUCGCAUCAGCUGAAGCAAUUCCGUAUUGACGGCGAGAAGGGCAUUAUCCAGAACCCCUCGGAGGCCCAGCGCAAGGAAUAUGAGAAGGCCACAUUGGAGACAUAUGAAGUUUAUGCCAUGGAUGUCCUUAUUUCCACUGGAGAGGGAGUGGGCCGUGAAAUGGACACUAGGUGUACAAUAUACAAGAAAACUGAUGAGAUAUAUCAGCUGAAACUAAAGGCUUCAAGAAUGUUCUACAGUGAGGUCCGCAACAAACACGGUUCGAUGCCUUUUAAUCUGCGCAGCUUCGACAAGGAGACGAGUGCGCGCCUCGGCGUAGUCGAGUGCGUUAACCACAAACUCAUCGAGCCUUUCCAGGUGCUGUACGAGCGGCCUGGUGAGCUGGUGGCACAGUUCAAGUUCACGGCGCUACUGUUGCCCUCCGGCACGCAUCGCAUCACCGGUCUGCCCUUCGACAAGUCCACGUGCAAGAGCGAUCGCUCCAUAAAGGACCCUGAAUUACUUUCUCUACUCAACUCUUCGGCGAAAUCAAACAAGAAGAAGAAAAAGAAAGCCGGCGCUGAAGAACCCAUGGAAGUCGAAACAGCUGCCUAGCAGUGCCCUCCCUAGCACUUACUCAGUAUCUGCAACCUCAGACGUAAUAAACUCUAAACCGACCACCUCCAUAUUAUGAGCCAAAAAGAAUAACUCCAUUUGUCAUUGUUCCUAGAAAAUUAAAUAUUCCCAGACAACUUUUUGGCUUGACAAUUAUCUACAAAUCGGCAGAACUAUUUACAAAAUUAACUAAUAACACUUACAUGUUUUGUGUACAAAGUUAAUGCCUUACACGCAAUUCCUACAUUUUGUGUGUUAGAUAUUUAAUGACAUUAGUUGAUUGAAUAAUACAAUGUACAUAAUAACAUUACACAUGUGAGGCAUUGACUAUUCAAUGAAGCAUAAUCUAACAGAACACAAAACCAUUCCUUGUGACGUUUGUUGAUUUAAAAAAUUGUGACGUGCACAAAUCCGUUCUCACUCUUUAUUUGUGCAAUUAGUAUAAUGAGUGACCUUUCCAUACUUUUUAAGAAUCCUAUGGACAUUUCCUCAUAUAACAUAGAAUGAAUUAUUUUUUAUUUAUUGGUAUUUGAGAAAAUGAAGUUGUAAAGACCAUUGAACUUCUCUAUAGGAUUAGAUAUUGUUUAGGAUUCCUCAAAAAUGCGGUGUUUGCGAGUUUUUGUGCAUAUUUCGUACAGUCAAUGCCGUAAGCGUCUACUGAAUUAUUGCUUACAAAAAUAUAUUUGCUAAGAAUUACUAGAUAUAAUAAAGGUAGCUCAAAGUGUUAUAAAUAUAUUCUGGCACUAGUUUAGUUUCCAUGUAAUUUUGUUUUGUUUGUUUUCUUGUAUUGUUAAAAACAUAAGUCCAACAGGGACAAUGUUGUUUGUGAAAAUUGAAAGGUAUAAAAUCAGUUGAUAUGUUUACGGGACUGACAGUACUGAAGAGAAGUCAAUGAGGAGUGUAAAAUAUGCGACACUGUGAGAAAGGAA